AUGCCGACGCCGGAGCAGCUCGCCGCAGCGCAGGCCGCAGCGCACGCGGCCGCGGAGGACGAGCAGGUGGGCCCGGAGGUGCCGCUGGACCUCGAGGAGACAGACGACGCGAGGGUUGCGGAGGUGCGGCGGAUCAUGGGGGUGCUUGCGCAGGCGCCAAAAGGCCCGGACGGCCAGCCGCGCGCCGAGGCGAUGGCGUACGAGGUGGUGGGCGUGGAGCGCGGGGCGAGCGCGGCGCAGGUCCGGCGGCGGUACAUGCGGUCGUCGCUGUUGGUGCACCCGGACAAGUGCGACCACCCAGAGGCGCGGGCGGCGUUCCAGGCGCUGAGCAAGGUGGCGGCGCAGCUGCAGGACGCCGAGGGGCGCGCGGUGGUCGAGGGCGCAGUGGAGGACCAGGAGAUGUGGGAGCUGGCCAAGACCGUGGCGGCCCAGCAGGAGCGCGCCGGCGCCUGGGAGCGCGUCCGUGGCGGCGGGGGCACCCCUGGCGCUGGUCUGACGGGCCCGGAACUCCCCCAGGCGCGCGACACGUGGAUGACGGACCUCCCCGCGCUCCCCACGCGCGCCGCCGGCGCAGAGGGCAUCACCUCGAAGACCGCCUUCGCGCAGAACUCGCGCGAAGUAGGCGACCGCUCCGGGUGGCUGACGGUCGGGGGAGCGGCGCCGGCCGCGCCGCCGGGCCCCGCUCCGGCAUCGCUGCCGCGCGGGGCGUACGUCAGCUCCGCAGCGCUGCGCGGGGAGCCGGAGGCGAAGGCGCCGGCGGCGAGCGGCGGCGCUGCGACAGCACGGCAGAGCUUGCUGGAGAGGCACCAGGAGGAGCUGAAGAAGCAGAAGAAGUCGAGGAAGGAGGCGGAGAAGAAGGAGGAGCGCGGGGGCAAGGCCGCGGGGGAGUCGUGGAAGGGGGUGCACCCGUGGCGGCCGUUUGACCGGGAGAAGGAUUUAGAGGCGCCGCGGCAGGGGGCCGUGCUGGACAAGGGCAAGGUGCAGGAGGGGUUCCUGUCGCGGUUCCGCAGCGCGGGGUCGUAG